AUGUACUAUUUAAAGGUAGUGUCAACAGGUCAGACACAAAUUCUGGGAAAGUCUUUUGAAAGGAAUGAUAAUGAAAAGUGCUUCUUAAGAAGUAAUGCUGCUGCUUUUCUGAAAUAUUGGUCUUCUGUUUUAGUGCGUAAAUUCACAGAGAAACAUGAAUGGAUAACAACAGAAAAUGGUAUUGGAACAGUGGGAAUCAGCAAUUUUGCACAGGAAGCAUUGGGAGAUGUCGUUUACUGUAGUCUACCUGAAGUUGGGACAAAACUGAACAAACAAGAUGAGUUUGGUGCUUUGGAAAGUGUGAAAGCUGCUAGUGAACUCUAUUCUCCUUUAUCAGGAGAAGUAACUGAAAUUAAUGAAGCUCUUGCAGAAAAUCCAGGACUUGUAAACAAAUCUUGUUAUGAAGAUGGUAAGCUUUUGCUAGAAAUUUCUCACAGUUAAUAUUUGAUCUAGAAUUUA